GUGAUGGACCUGGUCCCGGCACCAUCGUGGCCCGCUCAUUUGUAUGAUUUAUAUGGACGUCGUGUUCGGGACUCGUCUACUCUUUGGAUGUCCCCUGUUUUGUUUCGUCACAAAUUCCAUUGUCUAAUACUUGACCCUUGAGCUGGGCAGUCUGAAGUUCCCCCCCUACGCUCUCUUCUCCUCGACCACACUCUCUUUUAAUUUCAAAAGACACUUCAACGCGCCCCGCCCAAGGCCACAAUCUCUGGCAGACGUGAGCAAUGCAGCUGCAUUAUUUUCUGUCUAUUUUCCUUGUUGCGGUCACGGUUUCCGCUGCUCCUCUCUCUAUCAAACCAUACAAGUACAAACGUGAUUUGGCUAGCAUCCAAGCCGCCCUGAACACCAUCAACUCGGCUCUUCAAGCCCUCGACAACUCGGUCAAAAGCGCAAAUUCCCUUUCUCUCAGUGCUGGGAUCCAGGUUUUUGGCGCCCUUACCGGCGUCAGGUCUGCAAUCGAAGAUGCGACCCCGCAGGUCCAGGCCUCCCAGGUUCUCAACGCGAAAGAUUCAAGGAAUCUAAAGGCCGCGACGGAUGCCCUCACGAAUAACGUAAAAGUGACCAUCAACGACGUGGUAGCGAAGAAAUCCUUGGUUGACUCCUUCGGCGGGACACCAUUCGUAGCCGCCGCUCUCCAGGAUCAGAAGACCGCCAGCUCCUCCCUUGCCCAGGCGCUCGUCAGCAGAGUGUCCUCUGACAUGACCUCGGAUGCCCAGUUAAGCGCAAAUGCUCUCAGUAACGUUCUGGAUGAAGGCAUCGCAAUCUUCAGCGGCGUCGGCGUCCCGGCUGCUGCGAACGGGGUCAAGGCCGAUGACGCUGGUGCUGCCGCUCCUGCGGGUGACAAAGGAGGAGGAGGUAUAUUUGGCGGGCUGAUGCAAGUGCUUAGGGGAAUAUUCAAUUGAACACUACAGCCAAAACAAAUUCUGUGGACUAUGUUUUCGGCGUUUGGGUGCAGGCGUGGCGGUAUGAUUAUCAGGUACGGCAGGGUCCGUCCCGAAUACGCUAGGCUUAUCUAAAGCAAAUCACGAGUGUCUCUCGAACCCAAACUGUCGUUUGAGGUUAUGAUUCUAUCUCUCUCGUGGAUACAAUCACGAAUGCCACUUUCUCUUUGUGAGCCUGUUGGUUGCGCCUGACACGUCACUACACUACUUCUGGGG